AUGGGUCCUGGUAGAGGUGGCAGCAUGGACGGGCAGGACCCAGCCCUGGGCUGUGAGCGUGAGCAGAAGGGGCAGCCAGCUUUCACCUGGGAAGUGCAGGCCAACAACAGAGCCCACCACGAGCAGCUCAGGAAGAAAUCUGCCUUCUGCGUGAGCAAGAAGAAAUACGCGGGCAACGCCAUUAAGACGGCCAAGUACAACGUCCUCACCUUCCUCCCGCUGAACCUCUACGAGCAGUUCCACCGCAUGGCCAACGUCUACUUUGUCUUCGUCAUCCUCCUGCAGACCUUUCCUGAGAUCUCCACGCUGCCCUGGUACACUCUGCUCUUCCCCCUGAGCUGCCUUCUCACCAUCCGUGCCCUACGGGACCUGAUGGAUGACAUUGGCCGACACCAAAGUGACAGAAACAUCAACAGCAGGCCCUGUGAGAUCCUGUCUGGGGAGAGCUUCCGCUGGCAGAAGUGGCGCGAUGUCUGCGUUGGGGACGUCGUCCGCCUGCACAAGGACAGCCUCGUCCCAGCCGACAUGCUCCUGCUGUGCAGCUCAGAGCCCAGCAGCCUCUGCUACGUGGAGACCUGUGACAUCGAUGGAGAAACAAACCUGAAGUUCAGACAAGCCCUCCUGGUCACCCACCAGGAGCUAACAAGUGAGGAGAGCUUGGCUGCCUUUGAUGGGAGAGUGACCUGCGAGGAGCCCAACAGCCGCAUGCACAGCUUCACUGGUGUGCUGCAGUGGAGAGGCGAGACGCACGCGCUCGAUGGCGACAGGAUUCUGCUGAGGGGCUGCAAACUCCGCAACACCGACACGUGUUACGGCUUGGUUCUCUAUGCAGGAUCUGAUUCUAAAAUUAUGAGGAACUGCGGAAAGAUCAAGAGGAAGAAAACCAAGCUGGACCACAUGAUGGACCGCCUGGUGGUCAUAAUCUUUCUGGUGCUGCUGGUCACAUCGCUGUGCCUCGCCAUUGCCUCAGGGUUCUGGGCCAAGAUGUUCCAAGAGAAACACAGCUACCUCGCUGCUCUCUAUAAGCACACGACUCCUGCCAAGCAGGCUUUCUUCAGCUUCUGGGGCUUCACCAUUCUCCUGAGCGUCAUCAUACCCAUGUCCAUGUAUAUCACGUUUGAAUUCAUCUACCUGGUGAACAGCUUUUUCAUCAACUGGGAUUUGGAGAUGUAUUAUGCUGUCAAGGACAUCCCAGCCAAAGCCAGGAGCACCAGCCUCAACGACCAGCUUGGCCAGGUGGAGUACAUCUUCUCGGACAAGACGGGCACCUUGACGCAGAACAUCAUGAGCUUCAAGAAGUGCUGCGUCAACGGGAGCAUCUACGGUUUGGACACGGGCCAUGAGAACAAACAGCCACCAGGGUUGGUGCUGACCCAGAGCUGCCAUGGGGAGAAGAUGUUGGACUCCAACAACGUGGGGCUCCGGGAAGCAGUGCAACAAAACAAGGAUCCGGUGCUGCGGGAGUUCCUGCGGCUGCUGGCCCUCUGCCACACCGUCAUGGUGGAGGAGAGGGGAGACCAACUGGUUUACCAGGCGGCUUCUCCAGAUGAGGAAGCACUGGUGCUGGCAGCCAGGAGCUUGGGUUACGUCUUCCUGUCCCGAACGCAGGACACCAUCACCAUCAGCGAGAUGGGGGUGAAGAGGACGUUCCAAGUGCUGGCCAUGCUGGACUUCAACAGCGAUCGCAAGAGGAUGUCGGUGUUGGUGAGGGACCCACAGGGCACCAUCCGGCUCUACAGCAAAGGGGCUGACACUGUGAUCCUGGAGAGGCUGCGGGGUCGGGGACCCAACCAGGACUUCACCGAGAGGGCUCUGGAUCACUUUGCAGAAGAGACCCUGAGGACGUUAUGCCUGGCCAGCAAGGAGCUGAGCGAGGCGGAGUACGACGAGUGGAGCAGGAGGCACCGCAUGGCCAGCGUCCUGCUGCAGGGCCGGGCGUGUGAGCUGGACAGGCUGUACGAGGAGAUGGAGCAGGACCUGGAGCUGCUUGGGGUCACAGCCAUUGAGGACAAGUUGCAAGAAGGGGUCCCUGAGACCAUCCAGCUGCUGAAACUGGGCAACAUCAAAGUGUGGGUGCUGACGGGAGACAAACAAGAAACAGCAAUGAAUGUUGGCUAUGCAUGCAAGCUGCUCACAGAUGACAUGGAGAUCCUGGAGGAGAAGGAAGUGAGUGAGAUGCUCGAGGCUUACUGGGCGAGAAACAACAACAUCAGUGGCAGUGACUGUGCCUCACAGCAGCACCCAGAGCCUCUGUGCCACAAGAAGAGAGCUCUUGUCAUCAGCGGGGACUUUGUGGACACAAUCCUGCAGACAGGAGAGGUGCUACAGAAGAAGGGACAGCUGUGGCAGCACCUGGCUUGCCAUGGGACGACGGACCCCCAGGAGAAGGGCAGUGUGGUGGAGAAGGCCUUUGUGGACCUGGCCACCAGCUGCCAGGCUGUCAUCUGCUGCAGGGUCACCCCCAAGCAGAAAGCUCUCAUCGUGCAGCUGGUGAAGAAGCACAAGAAAGCCACCACGCUGGCCAUUGGGGACGGGGCCAACGAUGUCAACAUGAUCAAAACUGCUGACAUCGGGGUGGGCAUCAGCGGGCUGGAGGGCGUGCAAGCCGUGCAGUGCAGCGACUUCGCCCUGGCGCAGUUCUGCUACCUGCAGCGCCUGCUGCUCGUCCACGGCCGCUGGGCUUACCUCCGCAUCUGCAAGUUCCUCCGCUACUUCUUCUACAAGACCUUUGCUGGCCUCAUGACCCAGAUCUGGUUUGCUUUUCAUAGUGGAUUCACGGCCCAGCCUCUCUAUGAAGGCUGGUUCCUUGCUCUCUACAACGUUUUCUACACCGCCUACCCCGUGCUUUCUGUGGGUCUUCUGGAGCAGGACGUGAGUGCCAAGAAGAGCCUGCGGUUCCCUGAGCUCUACACCAUUGGGCAGCAGGACAAGCUCUUCAAUUAUCGUAUUUUCAGCGUGACGCUCCUGCAUGGUGUCAGCACGUCGCUCACCAGCUUCUACAUCGCGCUCUGGGCCUUUGAGGACCACGUUGGCAGCAGGACUGUGGGGGACUACGAGUCUUUCUCCGUCACGGUGGCCACCUCAGCUUUGCUGUCGGUCCUCGUGGAGAUCAUCCUGGACACCAAAUUCUGGACUGCGUUGUCUUUCCUGAUGGUCACAGCCAGCUUGCUGCUCUUCUGCCUCUUCUCCUUCCUGACCCAGAGCAUCGAUGCCUUCAGGAUCGCCCCCGCUGUCUUCCGUUUUCCAGAUGCCACCCAGAACGCUCUGACCGACCCUUACAUCCUGCUGGUGGUCCUGCUGUCCCUGGUGGUGAACACCAUCCCCUCACUGACCAUCCGCUCGUACAACGCCAUCACAGGCAACACCAGCAUCCAGCAGAAGAUCUGCUGGAAGGCCAGAAGGGAGCCGGAGCCCUCGGUGGAGCUGCGCACCCACGUCCCCCGUGGCUCCUUCCACCGCCGUUCCAGCUAUGCCUUCUCCCAUCAGGAGGGCUACGCUGGCCUCAUCACCCGAGGGGAGAGCCUGCGCACCAAGGGCACCCACAGCACCACCAAGGGCACCCAAGCUGACCUGGCCACGUCCCGCUGA